AUGAAUAGCCACACUAAUAUUAUUAAUGGUACUUCCACUUCACGAGUAAGAAUUUCACGGGUGAAAUGGACAGAACGCUCCUCUUUUCCUAAAAAAAAAAAAACAAAACAAAACAGAGCCCUCCUCCUCACUCAUCGCCGUCCUCCCAGACACCGCCGUUACGGCCGUCUUCGUCCACCUCCGCCGGUCCAUCUGCCACAGUCGUCAACCAGCACUACCAUCUCCGUCCUCUAUCACGGUAUCUCUCACUGGUAUCCGCCCUCUCUCUCUAUAUAUACAUCACCGUCACAGCCGUUGUCAUCCACCACCGUGGGCCGAUCCGCCACCGCCUCCAACCAGAACCACCGCCGCCGUAGCUGUCACAGAAUGGGGGAGCUAGAAGUUGAAAAGCAUGUCAAUUAUAUUUUUUCAGUAGAAAAGAAGAAGGAUGAUUUUGAAUCUGUGGUGACGUAACAUCUACGAAUCAAUGGAGUAUAUUGGGGACCGAGCACUCUGGAUGUUUUAGGGAAGAUUGAUGAAGUGACUUCUGAGGAGGUAGUUUCAUGGGUCAUGAACUAAGAAGCAUGGACACAAACACGUGACACAACACGGAUACGACACAGACACGCCAACACG